UCAUCAUCAUUCAAGACCAAAAGGAAAAAUAAAUUUAUUACGCAUGAUGAGAUGAAAACACAAUGGAAAAAUACUGCUACUUUAUUUUCUGGAGUUUGUGGUGCUGAUGUUUGCAAUUCAGCAUCAAAUGUUCCAAUUCAUAGAGAACUACCCUCAAAUAUUGAAUUAU